CCUUUUUGACACGGAAGGCUGUUUUCAUCGCCCACAUGAGCUGCAUACCUCGGCGAUCAUCUUCCGACCACUCCCUGUGUGUGCUCACCCGGGCAGAGGCAGGGGGCGCUUCGCUCGCCUCGGAAACCUCACUUUAUGCGAAAUCCUCCUGCCUUUGUGAACAUGUUUAUUUAGAUCUUGCUCUCUUCAGCUUUUUCUUCUAUUGCUUAUUAUCUACGAGUUUUGCCUCUUUUCUCUGUAAUCUCACUGUCCCCUUUCUCCCCCAGCAUACACUUUCCCCUACUUUGGAGUCAAAGGAAUUGAUACUUUAAGAUCCUCCAUUGGUUCCACGUCGCCUUUAAGCGCCGGUUCGGACAUGCUCGCCUUCAGGGUUCUUCAUGUAAGCUGCAGCAGGAUUUCCCCCUCUCCAGUAACAGAUGUCAAAGCACGCCAGCCCCGGGAUGUGUCCAUAUAUGACCUUGGAACAGAAUGCUGCCUCGUUUGGGGGCAACAUUUGAGGAACCCUGUCCACUCCCAUCCUCGCGUGCUCCCGCCUCCCCCUUUUGAGAGGUCACCCGCGUGCAGAACGCAAACGCCAGCUACUCUUUUCUCCCGACUUCCUUCUGAGAGCCUAAUAAAACCCGCGGAACUUCAAUCAUUCCGCAGCGAGCCUCGGCUCUCUCACUGGGCAUGCUCAGUGGCCAGGCCCCGCUCGGGUGGCGAGUGGUUGCCUUUGGGGUUGGGCUCGGGUCGGCGAUCGCCUCGGCUAGGCUUCCCAGAGCGCGGGCGGGACACAGCUGCCCCUGAGCCGGAGCCGGAGGCGCCCCUCGGUCCCCUGCUGGGCGCAGGGCCCCGCGAGAGCCGCGUCGGGCCGGAACCCGGGAGCCCCCAACUUCGCGCCAAGUUCGGAGCCGCCUUCGGGGGAGGCCAUGCAAAUGAUGACUAGGGACGUUUUGCUAGAAAUGGAGCAGGAGGAGGAGGACGACGAGGAUGGGGAUAUCGGUGAUGAUCCUGCCUCCAAGAGGCCUUUUCUGACUCCUCCCACUCUCCUCCCAUCCAGUCAGGUGUUGGAAAACCUCGAAGAGACGAUUGUCUCCAAUUUUGGAGCAUUGGAAAAUCAGCCUGAUUUCCGAAGCCCGGAGUUUGCAGAAUUUAAUGGAAAACCGGACUCCCUCUUUUUUAACGAUGGCCAGAGAAGAAUUGACUUUGUUCUCGUCUAUGAAGAUGAAAGCAGAAAAGAGACCAAUAAAAAGGGCUCAAAUGAAAAACAAAGGAGAAGAAGACGAGCAUAUGAGUCGAACCUCAUCUGUGAUGGUCUGCAGCUGGAAGCAACAAGAUCAGUUUUGGAUGACAAGCUUGUAUUUGUAAAAGUGCAUGCCCCGUGGGAGGUGUUAUGUACAUAUGCUGAGAUAAUGCACAUCAAAUUGCCUCUGAAACCCAAUGAUCUGAAAACCCGGUCCUCAGCCUUCGGUAAUUUCAACUGGUUUACCAAAGUCCUCCAAGUGGAUGAAAGUAUCAUCAAGCCAGAGCAAGAGUUUUUCACUGCCCCAUUUGAGAAGAACCGGAUGAAUGAUUUUUAUAUUCAUGAUAGAGAUACCUUCUUCAAUCCAGCCACCAGAAGCCGCAUUGUUUACUUCAUCCUUUCUCGGGUCAAUUAUGAAGUGAAGGGCAACGUUAAAAAGUUUGGGAUCAACAGACUUGUAAACUCUGGGAUCUACAAAGCAGCUUUUCCUCUCCAUGAUUGCAACUUUGGCCGUCCAUCAGAGGAUCUCGGCUGCCCUAAUGAACGGUACCUUCUGUACAGGGAAUGGGCUCAUCCUCGAAGCAUAUACAAAAAGCAGCCGUUGGAUCUUAUCAGGAAAUAUUAUGGAGAGAAGAUUGGAAUCUAUUUUGCUUGGCUGGGUUAUUACACUCAGAUGCUUCUGCUGGCAGCAGUAGUUGGAGUGGCUUGCUUUCUCUAUGGACUUAUUCAUCAAAAUAACUGUACAUGGAGCAAUGAAAUUUGUUACGGUAUUGGCGCUGAGAUCAUAAUGUGUCCUCAAUGUGAUCGGCUUUGUCCGUUCUGGAGACUGAAUACUACUUGUGCAUCCUCAAAGAUAUUGUGCAUCUUUGACAGUUUUGGAACUCUAGUCUUUGCAGUAUUUAUGGGGGUAUGGGUUACCUUGUUUUUGGAGUUUUGGAAGCGGCGCCAGGCGGAGCUUGAGUAUGAAUGGGACACUGUUGAGUUACAGCAGGAAGAACAACCCCGUCCAGAAUAUGAGGCACGGUGUACUCAUGUGGUGAUCAAUGAGAUUACUCAGGAAGAAGAGCGUAUUCCCUAUACUGCCUGCGGAAAAUGUAUACGUAUAACCCUGUGUGCAAGUGCUGUCUUGUUCUGGAUCCUACUGAUCAUCGCUUCGGUUAUUGGGAUCAUUGUCUACAGGCUGUCAGUGAUGAUUGCAUUUUCUAGAAAACUUCCCAAUGCCUUUAAUGGAACAGACCCAAUCCAGAAGCUUCUGACUCCACAGACAGCCACGACCAUCACUGCUUCCAUCAUCAGCUUUAUCAUCAUCAUGAUUCUGAACAUGAUAUAUGAAAAAGUGGCAAUCAUGAUUACUAACUUUGAACUCCCAAGGACCCAAACCGAUUAUGAGAAUAGCCUAACCAUGAAGAUGUUCUUAUUCCAGUUUGUCAACUAUUACUCUUCGUGUUUCUACAUCGCAUUCUUUAAGGGCAAAUUUGUAGGUUAUCCAGGAGAUCCAGUUUAUUGGCUGGGAAAAUACAGAAAUGAAGAGUGUGAGCCAGGUGGCUGUCUCCUUGAAUUGACAACGCAGCUGACAAUAAUCAUGGGAGGAAAAGCAAUCUGGAAUAACAUACAAGAGGUGUUACUUCCCUGGGUCAUGAAUCUGAUUGGACGGUGUGGCACAGUUUCGGGUGCAGAAAAGAUAACCCCCCGAUGGGAACAGGACUACCAUCUGCAGCUCAUGGGCAAACUUGGAUUAUUUUAUGAAUAUCUUGAAAUGAUUAUUCAGUUUGGGUUCGUCACCUUAUUUGUGGCCUCUUUUCCACUGGCCCCUCUGUUGGCUCUGGUGAACAAUAUAUUGGAAAUAAGAGUGGACGCGUGGAAAAUGACUACCCAGUAUAGACGCAUGGUGCCAGAAAAAACCCAAGACAUCGGAGCAUGGCAGCCCAUCAUGCAAGGAAUAGCAAUUCUGGCUGUGGUGACCAAUGCCAUGAUCAUUGCUUUCACAUCAGACAUGAUCCCCCGCCUGGUGUAUUACUGGUCCUUCUCCGUUCCUCCCUAUGGGGACCACGUGCACCACACCAUGGCGGGAUACAUCAACAAUACGCUCUCCGUCUUCAGCAUCUCGGACUUUAAAGACAAAAGCUAUGAAAAUUCAGACUCUGAGUUUGGUAACCUUACCACGUGCAGGUAUCGUGAUUUCCGGUACCCUCCCGGACACCCACAGCAGUAUAAACACAACAUCUACUACUGGCACGUGAUCGCAGCCAAGCUGGCUUUUAUCAUUGUCAUGGAGCAUUUCAUCUACUCUGUGAAAUUUUUCAUUUCAUAUGCAAUUCCAGACGUAUCGAAAAGCACGAAGAGCAAGAUCAAGAGAGAAAAAUACCUAACCCAAAAGCUUCUCCAUGAGAAUCACCUCAAAGAUAUGACAAAAAAUUGGGGGGUCAUAGCUGAGAGGAUGGUAGGAGUAAUAGAUAACAAUUUACGACCAAAAUUAGAAUAAGAGGUUUAUGUUCUGAGAAGCACUUUAAAGAAUAAAGAAUAUAGCUCUGUCAACGUAUAUUAUGAAUCACUAAUGAGAAUGUUUAAGUCAAGUCAUUUUGGCAAAUAUGAGUCUUAACUAUUGCCAUUUUCAUGUAGAUUAUUUUUCAGUUUCAGCUACCGAUACAGGAACUGGAAAACGUAAAACUUUGAUCAAGAAGGGCAUAAAAUUAAUCACCUGGAAAAUCUAAAAUGUUACCUUUUUUUGAUAAAUUGGAAUUUCACUAACAAAAAAGUCUCUUAGUGUGUUUAAAAACCACCCCUUCUAAAACAGAAUGGAUUCUUUUUUCCCUCUGUUUGAUUACUUUCAUUUCCUUUCUGUUCUCAAGCACGUGAUCUCUUAUUGUCAGGCAGGGUUUCAUUUCUUCACUUGGCCAGAUCUGUUCCAGAGUUAUCUUUCCCUUACAGCACCAUCAUUAAAGACUAGACAUGCUAGCUUUGUGUGAUUAAAAAUAGUUAACUCAGAAUUCAGUUUGAGUGCUGUAUUAAGUGGCAAACAGACUCAAGAAUUCACAACAUUUAGGUGUAUUAUCACAUCCCUACAGAAAAGGAAACCUCAGUGAAUAAGAGGAAAUAGUUUCAGUCUUCAUUUUGGCCUAUCUUUCCAUCUCAGAGAAAUACUCUUAAUGAAUUGGAACGACGAUAGCAAGGUUCUGAGGUGUAUUUGUGCUAAUCCACAGUGACACCUUUUAUCUUCCAGGAGCUCUCCUGGAAUGUUUUGUGCCUAAUCAAUGUUGACUGCUUUGCAAAUCUCAAGGGAGUAGAUGACAAAAGCAGAGAAAGUUACAGAUUCAAAUAGAGUUGUAAUUCAUAUUGAUCAGGAUAAUUAAUUUACUUCUUCUAAAGAUGUGUAGUUUCUUGAAAAAAA